AUGUUGGCAUUUCACGAAUUCUGCACACCAGAUGAGCGCCAAGAAAUUUCCAAUGUUCUCUCACAACUGUUUGUACAUCUUCCAGAGGGAACAAGCGAAAUCGAAGAAUGGAAGAAAAUGUUUGUGAAGUGGAAGAGGCUGGCUGUUGACCCAACAAAGAACUACCUACAAAUCAAGAAUAAAGUCCACAGCAGAGAUGAAGGAGGGGCGAUUAAGUGGUGCUUGAAUGUUUUCUAUGAGGAUAUAACUUACCAUGUGUAUGUCCGUCGCCACUGUCUUUUCUCUGGAACGAUGAUCGAGAAGCCAGGGCCACGUCAGAGUGGUGAGCAUCCUUAUGAAAUGCUUGUCAAGACCGAGAAUGUCGUCUCAGUGUUUGAUGGUUCUGUCACUUGGAUUGAACACGGGGAAGUCAAGAACGCUAAAUUCUGGUGAAGUGAGACUUGCAUCUUGGAUUGUUACUGAUUACUCCAUGCCACCUAGAUUUAUCAUAGCUUGUCAAAACGUAAUGUGUGUCUUCAUUAGAAAAUAAUGCAAUAGAAUACAUGCUCACUAGUUUUUAGCUUUAUGGUCAGGUGUUUUGCUUUAUCAAAUAUCUUGCAACAUUUAGUUGAUGUCCACACACUGUAGCAGGCAGCAAACAAGCUACACACUAAUUUGUAAUUACAAAAUUAUUAUGCCAUUCUUGCAGCUGUAAUGUGAUAUUGGAAACUGUAUGUGCCAGUACUGGUACAUUACAAGGGUAAUUGUUGAUUAAA